GAAUGCUCUCCAUAUGCAGCUCACUUGUACGAUGCCGAGGAUCCCUCCACCCCCGUACGGACGAUACCAGGACUUUGCCAAGACUAUUGCCUGCAAGUGUGGCAAAAAUGCCGCUCCAUUUUUCGCUAUCUCUCUGCAGACCAAGAGUUAAUUGCACUGGAGAACAACAUGGCAAAAUUCUGCCGCUACCUGUCCUUGGAGGACACAGACUACUGCUUUCCACACCUGCUGGCUAACCAGAACCUUAACCAAAACCUGGGGUUGGUGACCGCCGACGCAGAGGGCUGUCUCCAGCUCUGCCUGGUGGAGGUCGCCAAUGGGCUGCGCAAUCCUGUUGCAAUGGUGCACGCCAAUGAUGGCACCCACAGGUUCUUCAUUGCGGAGCAGGUUGGCCUGGUGUGGACCUACCUCCCUGAUCGAUCCAGGCUCGAAAAGCCAUUUCUGAACAUCAGUGAAGCCGUACUUACCUCACCUUGGGAAGGAGACGAGAGAGGUUUUCUAGGUAUUGUCUUCCAUCCUAAAUUCAAAUUUAAUGGUAAAGUGUAUGUCUACUAUUCAGUUGAAGUUCGUUAUGAAGAGAGAAUCCGAAUCAGUGAGUUCAGAAUUUCUCCUGCUGACAUGAAUGCUUUGGACCAUGGUUCCGAAAGGAUAAUCCUGGAAAUAGAAGAACCCGCUUCCAACCAUAAUGGAGGAGAGCUGCUCUUUGGAGAUGAUGGCUAUCUCUAUAUAUUUACUGGAGAUGGAGGCAUGGCUGGGGAUCCUUUUGGGACCUUUGGGAACGCCCAGAACAAAUCAACUCUGCUGGGCAAAGUGCUGCGGAUUGAUGUGAACAACAACGACCGCGGGCCUCUGUACCGAAUCCCGCCCGACAACCCUUUUCUCAACGACCCUAAGGCUCGCCCCGAAAUCUAUGCGUAUGGAGUGAGAAAUAUGUGGCGCUGCUCUUUUGACAGGGGCGAACCGCAGACCAAGGAAGGGAAAGGGCGGCUCUUUUGCGGAGACGUGGGGCAGAAUAAAUACGAAGAAAUCGACAUCGUCGAGAAAGGGAAAAAUUACGGCUGGAGGGCAAGGGAAGGGUUCAGCUGUUACGAUAAAAAACUUUGCGCCAAUUCCUCAAUGGAUGAUGUGCUUCCAAUUUAUGCGUAUCCACACAAAAUGGGGAAAUCUGUUACGGGAGGCUAUGUCUAUCGGGGUUGUGAGUCUCCAAACUUGAAUGGCCUAUACAUAUUUGGUGAUUUUAUGAGCGGACGCCUGAUGUCUUUGAAGGAGAAUCGUGCUACUGGAGAAUGGCAGUACAGUGAAAUCUGCAUGGGGACGGGACAAACGUGCAUGUUCCCUGGCCUUAUCAAUAACUAUUACCAAUACAUCAUCUCCUUUGCUGAAGAUGAAGCAGGGGAGCUUUACUUCAUGUCUACUGGCAUACCAAGUGCCACGGCUCCCAGUGGAGUGGUGUACAAAGUGGUGGACACCUCUAGGAGAGCACCACCAGGAAAAUGCCGAGUUGAGCCGUUGCCAGUGAAAGUAAAAAGCAGUCUCAUCCAGUUUGUGCCAAAGGAGAAGCUCAUUGUGAAAACACCAACGCCACGUCCCCGGCUGAAGGCCAUGACCGAGGCCCCACGGGGAGGCAGGCCAGACCCCGAAAGCCCCCACACGCCGGCUGUGGACUGG